ACAACAAUAACACAAACAAACAAUAAUAUUUGUGAACUAUUUUCUUGAGUUCCACCAAGAAGAAGAAGAAACAUCCUACCCUUUCAACAUGAACAACUCUCAGAACGCCAGUUACCAAGCUGGUCAAGCUAAGGGCCAAGUUCAGGAGAAAGCUAGCGGAAUGAUGGAAAAAGCCAGCAAUGCUGCUCAAUCGACCAAGGAAUCUUUACAAGAGGCUGGUGGUCAAAUGCAAGCUAAAGCACAAGGAGCUGCUGAGGCUACCAAGGAUGCCCUUGGAAUGAACAAAUAAAUGAAGAAUGGCAUUUCAAAGUACCCUAUGGCUGAUUAAUUAGUAUUCCACAAUGUAAUGAAAUAGUAUUGAAAAUGUUGGGUUAUGUAUACCUUUCAAAAAGAGUGCUCAUCAUAUGCUCACAGAUCAACAAGCUUUGAUGGUCAAGAUGUACUUGUCUUUUAUAUCAUAAAAUAUAAUCUAUGUUCGUUUAUAUAUUGUCAAAUUUUACUCUGUUAUCAAAACAUUCAUAUCGA